GGCAGAAACUGAUAUUACGUCUCGCAACAGAGUUAGUCUGACAGUCAGCUAAUAAUCGAUACUGAAGUCUGUCUCCGGCAGGCGCCUCCUCUGGAUUCCUUUGUAUUCGCCUAGCAUUCACACACUUGUUGAACAUGGGAUACCUGCUGUCUAAGAUGAUGGCUGUGUUCGGAGACAAAGAGCACAAAGUCAUCAUUGUGGGUUUGGAUAACGCUGGGAAGACGACCAUCCUCUACCAAUUCCUGACGAAAGAAGCCGUCCACACAUCACCAACCAUUGGCAGCAACGUUGAGCAGAUCACCGUUCGUAAGACUCACUUCUUGGUUUGGGAUAUCGGAGGACAGGAGAGUCUGCGAGCCAGCUGGUACUCCUACUACUGCAACACAGAGAUCGUCAUUCUGGUUGUGGACAGCACCGACCGGGAACGGCUCACUGUAACCAAAGAAGAGCUUCACCGAAUGCUCGCACAUGAGGACCUACAAAAUGCAGCCAUUCUCAUCCUGGCCAACAAACAGGACAUGAAGGGCUCCCUGACAGCGGCAGAGAUCUCCCAGUGCCUCACACUCGACUCCAUCACAUCGCACUCCUGGCAUGUUCAGGCCUGCUGCGCCCUGACAGGAGAGGGUCUACCUGCCAGUCUGGACUGGAUGAAGUCACGAGUCGUGGCAAACUAAAAAGAAAGCAAUGGAUUAAAAGUCCUCAAACUGAGCCAACCUCUUAAGCACCGUGUCAGGAUUAUUUACUGUGUUUUGGGCCUGUGAACAUGGCGUCUGUGACAGACCCUGCCUCGCCACGUCUACAGUGCAACUUACCGACUGUGUGUCCGUCCUAAAAAACGUGCUUCGUUCCCAUAUCAACCUUGGAAAGAUGACAACAGACGAGCUUCAGAAACUGUUUGGUGAUUUGAUUAUAUUUUAACCAACUGGAGGUUGUGCACUGAGGGGGAAAAAAAGUGUUUACAAAGUGUUAUGCAUUUACAUAAGUGUCCUGUGUGUAGAGUAGAACAACAUUUAGGCAAAUUAUCCUACCUCACCAGAAGUAUCACAUUCUGUUUUAAACGGAACUGUAAAAAGUACCUAAAAUGUCAUUAUUUCAUUGCUAGAAUAAUAAGGCAUGUGGAAAACAAUAAGGCAGGUCGAUAACAGAUGAUGAUUUUUUAACACUAUAUUUUUCCUGUUAGUGUCCUAAUUUGUAUCAAGCUGAUCUACUGAUUUCACAGAAACUUUAAAAUUGAACAAUUGUGGUUUCAUUUUGACCGUUAACUGUUGAUUGCUCAUCACUUUUUGUUCGUAGUGCACAUGAACUAGUGAGUCAAAACAGUUUUACCAGCAAACAGUACAACUGUUGUCUUCUCAGAAUUCCUGCAGUGCUGCAAAAAGCCUCCAAGCCUGCAUCUGAUGUUAAAACCAUGUUUCAUUAGAUCUGUAGAUUUGUAUUAAUUUAUUCUUUUUCUUUUCUUUUCUUUUUUAAAGCUCUUGAACUACGUACUGUAUAUUACAGCCAUUUCCUGAAUGGAACAAGGAGCUAGCUGCUAGGGACAAUGAGUCAUAUUUAAAAUGUAUAUAUUGUAUAGUGUAAUUUUUUUAAAAUAAAUUUUAUUAUUUCUAUG